AUGGACCGCGUCAUCGGAAAUAAGUCGUGGAGUCUUAUCCCAUACAUCAAUCAGCGCGUGGCGGAGCAACACCAAGUGGUCAAGAAGCCUUACAUUUUCAAGGCUGAUAACACAUUCAGGCGAUUUAACGACAUCACCGCACAACUACAAGAUCCGAACUCUGCGUCUCCCAGUCGGUACCACAUUGACAUCCCGGGAGACAACCAACCCUUUGAAGCGUCAUCUGCCUCCGACGUCUGGGCUAACCAAGUCAAGACUUUGACAGAUGCACUUUCUGUUGACUUCACCAGCGGAUUUGACUUGUUGAUGCAGUAUGAUUCCAUGACUGCACGAGAGUUUCUGCUGGAUAGAAAUUUCACCAACAGUGAGAUCGACUGGUUGGAGACGGUGAACGACGCGACUGGUCAUUAUGACGUGUACUCGAUGUCACAAGCGGUACUCGAGCAGUGGAUCUUCUCUAGUGCAGACAUCAACAAUUGGUCACUGAUUAAUGGGGGUAUGGACAUGUUGACGAAGGGAAUGACACUUGUCGCUAAGAACAAGCCUAUUCUCAACAACAAGGUGACGGACAUCAGGAAGAACUCGGACGGUAUCUUGAAGGUCGUCGUGAACAGUACUCAAGAGUUUGAUUACGCCCAUGUCAUAUCGACCGUCCCACUUGGCGCUCUGCAAAUCAUCAACACAACGGAGCUCGACCUGAGCUAUUCUCAAAAGAGUGCCAUUCGCACAUUGCAGUACGACCCGUCUACUAAGAUCGGCCUGAAGUUCAAGUCAAGAUGGUGGGAGAAUCUGUCCACUGGCGCAUUCAAGGGAGGUCAGUCUUUCACGGACCUUCCUAUCCGCCGCUGUGUUUAUCCGUCGUAUGGGGUCGAUGUCCCAGGCGUGGAAAAUGUCGGGACAAUGAUCGCGUCGUACGUGUGGGGCCAAGACUCAUCGCGCUUGGGCUCUUAUCUCAACCCGCAUAACCCUACGACGCAGGCUCCAUUUCAACCGGAAAGUGUCAAUACUCUGGUCGACUUCACCCUGCGUGAUCUUGCAGAGCUAAACGGCGUUUCUCACGACUUCAUUUUAUCCCAGUACGAGGGCUACCACGUGUAUGACUGGUAUGGCUCUGCGUACUCGAAUGGCGCAUUCGCCAUCUUCGGGCCAGGCCAGUUCAGUAGUGUGCUGCCGUGGCUGAUGAUGCCUGCUGCCAAUGGGCACAUGCACUUUGCCGGUGAGGCACUCAGCUCUGGACAUGCAUGGAUUAUUGGAGCUGUCAACAGUGCUUGGAGAACAGUCUACGAAAUCCUAAGCACGGAAGGCCUAGAGGAUAAGAAGAAGGAGUUCAUCGACAAGUGGAAUAUUAUUGAUGAAGUAGACAUGGGUUGGUACAACUGGUCCCCAGACGGGUCACCAGUCAAGUCAUGGCCUUGA